GAGGUGACCGCACAGCAGAUGCUGGGGGGGCGGGUUCGGGGCUCUGUGGGCGUGUCCCAGGUGUGUCCCAGGUGUCUCAGGCGUGUCUCACCUGUCCCCCAGGUGCUGUCCGAGGUGUGUGGGCAGGAGGUGACCACGCAGCAGAUGCUGCCCACGGUGCUGCGCAUGGCGGCCGACGCCGUGGCCAACGUGAGGUUCAACGUGGCCAAGUCGCUGCAGCGCAUCGGGCCCAUCCUGGACAGCGGGACGCUGCAGACGGAGGUGAAGCCGGUGCUGGAGAAGUUGACGCAGGACCAGGACGUCGACGUCAAGUAUUUCGCACAGGAGGCACUGACAGUGCUGGCCUUGGCCUGGCCCCCCCCCCCCCCCCCCCCCCCCCGCGUGGUGCGGGGAGCACCCCCCGGAAAAAAAAGGGCACCUGGCCCUUUAAAUCCUGCGAGGGUGUGGCUUUUGCUGGCCACGCCCCCUCCGCUGGGCGUCAAUCAUAGACACGUCCCCUAUCGGCGCAUGCGCAGUCUCCCUUCGCUUGGCCACGCCUCCCCGCGCCGGAGCCGGGACCCGGCGAGAGGCGGGAAAAGCUCCGGGACCCCCGUGGGGGAACAGAGACCCCCCGGCACCUUUGGGGACCCCCCCGACGGGAUCCGGGACCCCCCGGGACCUCCCGGGCGCACCCAGAGCCCCCUCAGACACCCCGCGGGUUCCCGGAUGUCGGACUCGGGGCAAAGCCCCGCCCCCGCCGCGCGCAGGCGCUGCUGGAACCGCGAGAAGGAGCCGGAAGGAGGCGGGGCCGAGAGACGGGAGGUGGGGGAGGAGCCCCCAGGACCCCCCCAGAAGACCCCGAUCAUCCUGGCGAAGCCCCCCGGAGAACGGCAGGCUCCGCCCACCCAGAAGGCAGGACCAUUGCAGGCCCCGCCCCCUCCUGCACCGGCCCCGCCCAUCGUACUGAUGAAGGCGCGGGGUGAAGAGGGGCGGGGCCUCCCAGGGGGUGGGGCCUCGCAGGGGGAGGGGCCGGUGCAGCCCCCGCCCCCCGAGAGGGAGGGGCCCCGCCCCACCCAACCCAUGUACCAACUGCACGGGAGGGGCCUCCCCCCCCCGGGGGCACCCGACCCGGCCCAGGCCCAGGCCCGGCUGGCGGCGCCCGAGAAGAUGAAAACCAGUAUCAAACUGGUGGACGAGCAGAUGAACUGGUGCGACAGCGCCCUCGAGUUCCUCAUGGAGCAGACGGACGUGCUCGUGGUCGGGGCCCUGGGGCUGCAGGGGACGGGCAAGUCCACGGUGCUGUCACUGCUGGCCGGGAACCAGCCCGAGGAGGACCCGCGGUCGUUCGUGUUCCGGCCGCAGCCCCCCGAGCUGCGGGAACGGGGCGGGGCCCAGACCGGGGGCAUCGACCUGUUCGUCACCCAGGAGCGGGUGCUGUUCCUGGACACCCAGCCCAUCCUUAGCCCCGCCCACCUGGACCACCUGAUCAAUAAUGACCGGAAGUUGCCCCCGGAGUUCGCGCUGCCCCACGCCUACGUGGAGACACAGUCGCUGCAGAUCGCUGCCUUCCUGUUCACCGUGUGCCACGUGGUGCUGCUGGUGCAGGAUUGGUUCACUGACCUGGGGCUCUACAGGUUCCUGCAAACGGCCGAGAUGGUGAAGCCCCCGACGCCCUCCCCGAGCCACGACUCGAGCGGGGCCGGGGCCGAGGAGCCCUCGGAGUAUUACCCACACCUGGUGUUUGUGCAGACUCGGGCCCCCCCCGACUGUUUCUCCCCCCGCCGGCUGGGGCAGAUGCAGCAAGUUUUGGGGCGACUGAUGGCCCACUCACGGCUCAAGUACCGGGGGUCCCUGUCGAUGCGGGAGCUGCUCCCGGGGGGUUUGGGGGCCCCCCCAGGCCCCCCCGAGGCUGAGGUGAACCUGUUCCUGCUGCCCCCUCUGGAGGACGAGGGCGACGACCCCCCCCCCGCGGGCAGGCGGAGGGGGGGCCCUGUUCCCAGCCCUGCCCCCGUUCCGGGGCCGGGGGGGGCUCGGGGGGCUCCUGGCCCGGCUCCGGGGGAGAGUCCUGGCGGCGGCGCGGUCCCAGUUAUCCCACAGCCUGCUCACCGAGCGCAACUGGUUCCACUACGCCGCCCGGAUCUGGGACGGGGUGAAGAAAUCGUCAGCCCUGGCCGAGUACGGGCGGUUACUGGGCUGAACUGGGAGCACUGGGAUGGACUGGCAUGGAGUGGGAGAGGGGUCAGGGCAUCAAUAAAACCCCUGGAAACCCCCAAAAUGCCUUGUUUGCAUCUUAAUUAA